GGUAGGUUCCAUCCUCCACCAUUCGGUACGUUGAGUUCACUUCUCCACUUUCUUGUCGUGAAGGCGAGUUGUUUGUGCACACUGUUGGACAUGGGUGGCUUAGCAUGCUAAUGUGGUGGAGUGUAGCGUUGCUCUGGUGGUCAUGCUGCUUGUUGCGAAAAAAGCUUUCUUCUACAAGAAACGGUGGGUGACAGCAUGAAGGUUAUGACAUGUGUCUUCUUGUACAAGCCACGUUGAGGAAUUGACGGAACCUGUUGCUUGUACUAAUUGAGGAUUUCAAGAGAACUUCACUGUUCAGAAGGAUUUGUGAGUAUGUCGUUUGAUUCCACGUUUGGAUCACCAGGAAGUAGAAAAACAAUGAAGAAAGGGAAUCGAGGCUCUCUCGAAGUCUUCGGCGGUGCCCCUCGUCUGAUGCAAGCUGGCAUCUACGGUGGGCUGGCAGUUCCCCAGGAAGAUGAACUACCGGAAGCUACCAAUAUACUGGACAACAUUUCAGGGCCGCUUACUAACCGAGGACUCGGUGCGACGGAUGUGUCGAGCGCACCGGCACCGGUUCUACCCAAAGUAAAUUCAACCUUGCGACAGAGCAGCCGAAAGAUAGCUGAGGUAGAGAAGUCCUUGUCGGAGAGGGCAAUGGUCGUGGAAGGAUUGUUGCCAUCCAGAGGGUCUAGCAUGUCGCAAUCUCGCAGAGAAUCGCUUUCUUCACGUAAAGACGACAGAGAGGCUAUGAAACCUGUGAAGGAAAACUCAGGGGAACCCAAGUUGUCGCAGCAAGAGCUCAUGGCGGAGAGAAUCGCCGAGUGGGGUUUAGUGCUUAACUCCACCAAGGCCGGGAAACCGCAAGAUGUAAAUACGCGGAGGUCUGAAGACAUGAGGAUGAGCAUGAAAUCAGGAGAGUAUCAUCGCCCCUCCGAGUCGUACCGCAGAUUCUCAGAAGAGUACCAGAAGUCUGAGUACGUUCCCACUUCCAGGGGACCCUCCAAGCGGAACUCGCAGGUGUCAGAGGAUGUACCCGUCCAAGUUUCUGAGGAAUUACUAGACGCUUUGUCGUCGUUCAAGCAAACGUUUGUGGUGUCUGAUGCUACGAAGCCGGACUGUCCUAUAGUGUAUGCGAGUGCGGGAUUCUUCACAAUGAGUGGGUACAGUGCGAAGGAGAUCAUCGGUCACAAUUGCCGAUUCUUGCAAGGUCCCGACACUGAUCCAGCGGACGUCGAAAAGAUCCGACAUGCUGUAAAGAAUGGGAAAAACUUCUGUGGUCGUUUGCUGAACUAUAGGAAAGAUGGGUCUACGUUCUGGAAUUUGCUGACAAUUACGCCCAUUAAGGAUGAAAACGACAAGGUGGUCAAAUUCAUAGGAAUGCAGGUUGAAGUGAGCAAGUACACGGAGGGUGCUAAAGCCGUGGCUCGACGUCCCAACGGCCUGCCCGAGUCGCUGAUCCGUUACGACGCUCGACAGAAAGACAAGGCCACUGAAUCGGUGACAGAACUAGUGGGGGCCUUCAAGAAACCACAACCACCACCAACACCCGCGCUGCAAUCCAUUCCCGCAGACGGAAGUCUAGUAUCCCCGCUCCCAUCUCAGACUAUAUCUACUGCUAUUCACAGCAACAAAGUCCAAGGCCACCGUCGCUCCACCGAACCUUACACCAGUUCCCGCGCACAGAAGCUCUCUGGGGUGUCGGAGCUGGGGGACACGGGCAGGAGCAAGCGAACGUCAGGAUUUCUAUCUCUUCUUGGGAUUGGGCAAAAGUCGGAACGGAUCAUGGAGGAAGGUAACCUGGAAUCUGACCUCGAAGCUGACCUGCUAGUCCUGGACCGGCCUGAGAGUCGAGAUGACUUCGAUCGCACUCUGGGCAUCCGUCGAGGAAUCGACUUGGCUACAACACUGGAGCGAAUUGAAAAGAACUUCGUCAUAACUGAUCCCCGGCUUCCUGAUAAUCCCAUUAUUUUCGCAUCCGACGAGUUUUUGGAGCUGACAGAGUAUACCCGUGAGGAGAUUUUGGGGCGCAAUUGCAGAUUCUUGCAAGGUCCAGAUACAGAUCAGAACACUGUGCAAAAGAUACGGGAUGCGAUCAAAGAGAACAGGGACAUCACAGUGCAGUUGCUGAACUACACAAAGAGCGGCAAACCGUUUUGGAACCUCUUUCAUCUUCAAGCCAUGCGUGACCACAAGGGAGAGCUACAAUACUUCAUAGGAGUGCAGAUGGACGGGAGUGAGUACGUGGAGCCGACACGUCAUCGUCUGUCAGAUAAAACCGAGAAAGCAAGCGCAAUGUUGGUCCAAGAGACUGCUAGGAACAUUGACACUGCGGUUCGUGAGCUGCCAGACGCAAACACGACACCCGAAGAUCUGUGGGCGAACCAUUCAAAGUCUGUGAUGCCCAAACCGCACAUGGGUGGUACCCCAGAAUGGCAAUCCAUUCUCAAGGUCAGAACAGCUGGGAAGAAGCUGGGGUUGAAGAACUUCAAGCCCAUCAAGCCCCUGGGAUGCGGUGAUACUGGAAGUGUACACUUGGUUGAGUUGCGAGGGACUGAUCAUGUGUUUGCCAUGAAGGCUAUGGACAAAACGGUCAUGAUGGACCGGAAUAAGGUGCACAGAGCUUGCGUUGAGAGGCAGAUUUUGGAUCUUAUGGACCAUCCUUUCCUGCCCACUUUAUACGCAUCCUUUCAGACCGCGACACACGUCUGCUUGAUUACGGACUUUUGUCCUGGUGGGGAGUUGUUCUUGGUGCUCGAAAGACAGCCCAAGAAACAUUUCCGGGAAGAUUCUGCAAGGUUCUACGCUGCUGAGGUAGUGCUUGCGUUAGAGUAUCUACAUUGCAAGGGAGUAAUCUACCGUGACUUGAAACCAGAGAACAUCCUGGUGACAGAGAGCGGACACAUACAGCUCACUGACUUCGACCUUUCCUUCAUCACAACACCUCGAGUGCAGCUCAUUCCACCUGCAAUCCCCAAGACGAGUACGUGGGACAGGGCACGGGGGGCGAAAAAGAAGGCACAGCAGCCCCAGACGAAGGAUAUCCCUCGCCCCAUAUUCUUUGCAGCGCCAGUGACGCCAUCCAAUUCUUUCAUUGGGACGGAAGAAUACAUUGCACCUGAGAUCAUUUCAGGUCAAGGACACAGUAGCGCCGUGGAUUGGUGGGGUCUAGGCAUCUUGAUAUAUGAGAUGUUGUUUGGGCGCACGCCAUUUAGAGGGAAGAAUCGACAAACCACAUUCGCCAACGUUUUGGAGAAAGAGCUGUGCUUUCCGGCACAUAUUCCUGUGAGCUUGGAAGCAAAGACGUUGAUACGAGAUCUACUGAUCAGAGAUCCUCUCAAGAGGCUCGGCUCUUAUCGUGGGGCAAACGACAUCAAGAAUCAUCCAUUUUUCCGAGGCAUAAAAUGGCCCCUUAUCCGCAACAUGACACCUCCCUCUCUCGAGGUUCCUUUGCUUAUCACCUCGAGCGUGCCAGAGUUGGACGACAAAGGCGCAGAGCUUGAGUGGGACGAUAUGGAGGCUGCCUCGAAUUUCGGUGACACUUUUUAGACCGGUAUUGAGACAGUCCAUUGUUACAUACUCACCUACAAUCUAGUGUUUCCACUCAGCAGGUCCAGAAGCGAAUAACGACGACCAGAUCUAUUAGUUCAGCGCUAAAGAAAUCCACCAUAGUUGUUGCACCUCCAUACAGUCUGAUUAGACUCUAAGCCAUGUUCCAUUCCGUUUGAGUAAUCCUUGUCUGCUGAUGUGGCUCUGCGGCGACAACCACAUACCAUAUUAGCAAGGGAUCAUCAACCUGGUGGCGGGCAUCGGAAGCGAGAUUUGGCAAAAUCAUUUCGUCACACAUUAUCAUGCAAGUGCGACCCACCUAUGGGUAUUUGCCAGCUGAAUAUGGGGCCAAGUUGUGUAGUUAACACCCUACAACAUGAUGUGCUGCAGUUGGUACUACGUAUACAAGCGUCUGAUUGAGGUUUUGAUUUCUAAAUGCGAAGCACUUGGGCUUGUUAGUGAAGAGCGCUGCGCAGAGCUGUGUAGCUGUGAUUGAAAAUCCAGUGCUUCCAAGGUGUGACCAGGUGAAAUCACACCUACGAUGGAGUUGUUUAUAUCGUGAGCAAUAGUUUUAUAUCCUGUGCACAAUUUUCUGUGUCCAUGAUAGUUGAUUCAGUAGCUAUUUUAGGCUUCUUGCACUGUCUACAGUUGUGGAAAUCCAAGUCUACUUAGAAGCAUUUCUGUCUAAUGAAUCUAUAAUGAGCAGAGUGAGAUAGUAAACUAGUCCUCAGUGGUUUGUGGAGUGCCUUCUGAAUCUCGUAGUUUAGACCGACAAUAGUGGAAAUGAAGAGAUGAUUUUGAAGGAUUAAUUUUGUGGUCUUGAAAGAGAAAAAAGGAGACAAAAUUGCAUGGCA